UUCAGUACAUACUGCAAUUUAAACAUUGAGAUAAUUACUUCUCACACACUCUCUUUUUGUUUUGUUUUGCUCGCUGUGCUGUACUGGAUACAAUUAAGGUUGGCAAAUGUUAUUUGAGAGUCUACAGACAGGUUGACUACGUUCAAUAUUUACCAUAAAGAUUCCUAGCUCUUUCACAUAUGGUUUACUUCGCAUUCGACCGAGACCUUUUGCAACUUGUCGUUGCCAAUUCGAAUCUCCUGGAAUCUUUAUUCGGAAGGCCUUUUUGAGGAAGUGUACUUAUAUGUCCAGAGCACAUACAGCUCAAUAUUGCAUCACUAAAUCAGAGAAGAAGAAUAGAACAUUACCAGAAAUUUCAAGUCCUACAACAGAAACACGACAGGAUAUUUUGAGACAGGGAAUAUUGUUGCUUGAAGAAAUUGGAAAUUUGAUCGAGUUGGAAAAUUCGAGACGCUCGACAGGUUUGAGCAAUCUUAUAAUGCCUCCAGCUCCGAGGAAGAGAAAGUUUAGAGAGGAUAAAGACGGAGAGGGAAAGGAUAAGGGAGGAUCGAAUGGUGCGCAGAAGUAUUACGCAGUCAGAAAAGGGAAGAAAACGGGCGUUUUUACUGAUUGGGAGGAUUGUAAGGAGCAGAUUACGGGUUUUGGAGGAGCUAUGUAUAAAUCAUUUUCAACACAAUCGGAUGCAGAAGCAUUUGUAGCGGGCAAAAAUCCAGCGAAACCUUCAAAGGGAGAUAAAUUUUAUGCUGUGGCCGUGGGACAUGAAACAGGGAUUUACGAGGAGUGGGCAGAUGCGAAAAAGCAAAUUGAUGGGGUCAAGGGGCCAAAAUAUAAGAAGUUUACUACGAGAGAGGAGGCAGAGGAGUUUGUGAGAGAAGGCGGAAAGACUAAUAAGAAGGUUAAGACGGGGUCAGGAAAAGAGGAGAGUGGGAAGAAAGUGGUGAAGGGGAAGGACAAGGUUACGGUGGAGGAGAAAGCGCAGGAAUUCAUUAAAGGAGACACUGUCAAGGUCUGGACGGAUGGUAGUAGUAGAGGUAAUGGAAAGGUUGGGGCCGUGGCUGGAUAUGGAGUUUUCUUCGGGGACGGUGAUGAAAGAAACAUCUCGGCUCCCCUAGAAGGUGCCCUUCAAACUAACCAACGCGCCGAACUCACGGCCGCUCUCCGCGCCCUCGAGACUGUACCAUUAGAUAAGAACGUUGAGAUUAUCACAGACAGUAAUUACACGAUAAAUUGUGCGACUGUAUGGUAUAAAAAUUGGGAGCGAAAUGGAUGGAAGACAAGUACGGGGAAAUCAGUCAUGAAUGAAGACUUGGUGAAGCAGAUUAGGGCACUUAUUGAUAAGAGAACGAAAAGCAAGGCUCAGACUAAUUUGACGUGGGUUAAGGGGCAUGAUGAGAACCCGGGGAAUGUGGCGGCGGAUAGGUUGGCUGUUAAGGGGGCAAUGGAGAAGAACCGGUGAGGAGCUUGUCGUUUGAGCCUCUUAUUUAGCAGUUCGCCGAUUCUUGGAAUCUCUAGGAAGUGCAUCUCCUCAUGUCACGGAUAUGAAGUGUGGAGUGAAAAGAGGAUUGCGUUCACCGUGGCCUUGAAUAUGGAUAUCAAGCUGCAAAGGGAAGGCAUAUAAUGAAAUGAAAUGAUACCAUUGUUUAGUGUACUGGUUUCCGUGGGCCUUUGGGUAGGCAGCUACUAUUUUAUUUAUCCAAUAA